AUGACACAGGACGUCGAAGGGCAUUGGAGCGAUGCAGAGGAAGAGGUUGCGGGCCAGACUGCUGGCGACUCUACAUCGACCGGAACACGCAAGCCCGGGUCUGAAGACCUUGCAGCCUUGGUCCGGCGUCGCCAGGCCGAGAUCGAGGCUGCUCAGGCCACGGAGGCGGGCCCAUCGGAUUUCUUGGGCUCAUCCCGUUUGGAGGAUGAUAAUAAAGGAGAUGGAGAUCCUGAGCUCUUUGGUCUCUUGGGUAUAGAUGACGAGGGAGGUAUAGAGGGACAAGUCGAGAACCGGUCGGAAAAAGAGCCCGAAGAGGACAGCGAAGACUUCGAAGACAGCAGCGAAGAGGCCGACGAUGACAAAGAAGACGGAGACUUUGGGGAGUCUCUCCCUGUGAAGGGCAAGCGCUCGCAAGGUACCCUGAAGAACGUCUCACGACCGUCUCAGAAGCAGCUUGGAAAGCGACCUGCCAAGCCCACUCCGGUUGAAGCCAAUACCCAGCCCCCCAAGUCAAAGCUUCGAAAGACUGGGGUUCCGAUCUGGCCGACGACUAUCAUCACCACUGGUACCGCCGGACCGAGUCUACGACAGGUUAUGGAAGAGAUGGGCCAGAUCCUGACGACAGACGCUGAGCGUCAAGAGUAUAUGCAUCUCGUGUGGACGCGUCGUCGAGCCGCCGAGGAAGACAAGGAUGCUACCGCCGAACAAGCAGUGCUUCAUGACCUAGAGACCUUUGUGCGUAAUCACGGCAUCGUGGACUUGCACAACCGGUGGGCACGAUGGAUGGAGUCUGGCGUGAAGACUGCCAUGCCGAUGUAUAAGCCGAGCGGAACUGGCGUGAUGGACGCGGAGGAGCGGAAGACGAUGUUCGAGAGGAAGAAAAGGGUGCGUCGGGGCUAG